AUGAUCAGACGGCCCCCAACCAUCAUUGCCCUGGAGGAAGGUGAUGUUGAAUCUCACCUUCAGCGGAUCUAUAUCCGUCAUACCCUGAGUAUCGAAUUCGAGCAGCUGCACCUAGAAGAUGAGAGCUGUGAUGAAACAAUGGAUCCUUCCCUCGGCUACUGUACCUCUACAGAAUCUGAUGUGGAAAUUGAUGCCACAGGCCUGAGUCAAGAAGGAACCUCAUGUUUUGAGCCUACUUCCCCAAGAGAGAGGAGCUAUGCUUUCACAAAUGCAAUUCCACACACUUCCGUGACGAAGUCAUGCCUCAAAUCCCCAAACCCAAACCAACAGUCCUCGUUACAAUUGACAAUUUCCACUGGAAUACAAUCGCAAGCUGACCGGUCUGUUGACCCACCGCGACUGACGGUGAAAUUUGCUCUGUCGCCGCAGGAACCUGAACUCCAUAGCGGCAAGGCCCCUCCCGAAGAAACAGAUCGAGAUUGUCGCGGAGAAAACCACCGGCCAAGCCACACAGAUGCUAUAUAUACACCCAUGUCCAUUGAUUCGCCAGCCUCGACGCCGCAGGUUUCAUUCUUGUCGUGUGGUGUGUCGUCAAGUCCGGCCACCGCAAGCGUCCCACCCCGGGACCUAACCUUAGCGUCCACUAUGUCUUACGAGGCAGUCUUGGCCGAGGGGGCAUUUUCGCCUGCUAGCGCGACCAAUAGCGUUGCCGAGGACGGUGGCUCUCACACCAAAAUCGCCAUCUAA